UAAGAAAAAAAUCCUUUCGUGUGUCCUCAUGAUUAAUAAGGUUAAUACAAUGUAUAUGUCCUUCAAAAAUAUUUUAAAAGUUAAUGGAAAAAGGAGUUUUACAUCAAGGAUCACAGCUAAACUUAUAUUCUCUUAACAUGAUCUUUAGUGAAAAUGCAUGAAAGGGGAGACUCAUGUCCAGCUUUAUUCUUAUUCCAUCCAACCAAGAGAGUCUCUUCUUCAAGCUUAAAUCUCUGAUUGCCAAUAAAUACAAGAACAAGUUGUUACUUCAACAACAAUCCUUUCUGCUUCUUUGUUUGCUAAUAAGAACUUAAUUUCAUUGAAGACCAAAGCUGUAAGAAGAAAAAAUGACAAGGAAUGUAGGGUUCUUCAUCUGCAUCUUGAUCAUAGCCAUGGAUGUUUCCGCUGGAAUUCUUGGCAUUGAAGCCGAAAUAGCUCAGAACAAGGUGAAGCAUUUGAAGAUGUGGAUAUUCGAAUGUAGAGACCCGAGUUACACAGCCUUCAAGUACGGUUUAGCUGCAUGCAUCCUUUUGGCAUUAGCCCAUGUAACCGCAAAUCUGCUUGGUGGGUGUCUCUGUGUUGUCUCAAGACAAGACUUAGAAAAAUCCUCCGCCAAUAAACAGCUCGCCGUGGCUUCUCUGAUAUUCUCCUGGAUCAUAUUGGCAAUUGCAUUCUCCAUGUUGAUCGUAGGGACGAUGGCAAACUCAAGAUCAAGGAAAGCUUGUGGGAUUUCGCACCAUCGUGUUCUGUCCAUAGGAGGGAUCCUCUGUUUCAUUCACGGCCUCUUCGCUGUUGCUUAUUACAUCUCCGCAACUGCUUCAACACGAGAACAGACACACACAGGCCAUGCUUAAAAAAACAUUGUAGCCACACACACAUUUAUAUAAAUUUAACCCAAUGUUUAAAUGUGACUAAAGAGAUAUAUACCUGGUUUUCUAUACUUUUGUUUGAGUCUUCAAGCUGGAUUUAGUUUUCUUGACGACUGUGGAUGAAGAGGAAGGUAAGGCUGUGGAACAUAGCCUUCUAGCUUCAGCUCCUCGAGAAGUAAGUUUAGCAAAGAGUAGAUAUGUGAAUACUCUGGAUGAUUCCCAUCGCCAGAGACAAACGAAUGAGUUAUUUUGUCGACUUCGAUCCAACUAGAACCUGGAAUUUUCUGAACUCCUCUCUCUUUCAUUAAGCUUCUUGCUUCAGUCACACCUCCCCAUUCUCCAGCAUUAGCAUGCGCAUUCGAGAUCAAAACAUAGUAACCAGAGUUCCUCGGAUCCAACUCCAUUAACCUGCUCGAAGCAACUUUAGCGAGCUCGACGUUCUUGUGAAGCCAACAUGCUCCAAGCAACGUUCCCCAAACUCCUGCGUCUGGAGCAAACGGCAUCCUCUUUACGGUUUCAUAAGCUUCGUUUAACCUACCAGCUCGUCCAAACAGAUCAACAAGGCAAGCGUAAUGCUCCUGCUGCGGUUUGAUUCCGUAGUCCUCAGUCAUGGAUCUGAAGAAACGAACACCUUCGUCGACAUCUCCAACGUGACAACACGAAGAUAUAAUCUCAAGAAAUGUGAUUUGAUCAGGACGAACUCCGCUUUUCUCAACCAUUUCGCGAAAUAGAGAGAGUGAAUCCUUUAGCCUCCCGUGGUUUCCAUACGCAGCGAUGAUGCUAUUCCAAGAAACAAUGUUCUUCUCUUUCAUCGUCUCAAACACAUUUAUCGCAGCUUUGAGGUUUCCACACUUAGCAUACAUACCUAUCAAUGUACUUUCGCUAUACACAUCAGAAGCAAGUGACUGCCGCUUUAUCAUGAAACAGUGAAUAGCUUUCCCAAAACUCUCUGAAGGCAAAUUGGCACAAGCAGAGAGAACACUUGAGAUACUAACGCAAUCAAAACCGGUUCCCGAAACUCCCAUCUCACGGAAAACAUCAAUAGCCGCACUCGGAUUAUCGCUCUGCGCACAACGCGUGAUCAUGGAGUUCCAAGAAACAAUAUCUUUCUCAGAGAGUCUCCCGAAAAUCUCAUAAGCGAGAUCCAUUCUUCCACACUUAGCAUACAUGUCGAUAACAGCGGAUCCGAUAUUGCACCUCUUAUCGAAACUUUUCUUGAUGAUGAAACCAUGGAGCUCCCUCCCGAGUUUCAACGCCAACAAACCGCCUAUCACCGGUAAAAUCGACACCAGAGUUAUCUCGUUUGGUCUCAUUUUCACAUUAACCAUCCGUCUAAACAUCUCUAACGCAUCGACAUGCAAGCCGUUAUGCAAAUACCCAGAGAUCAUCGCCGUGAAGACAACAACAUCCACUGAGUUACACUGCCUGAAGAUCUUUCGCGCCAUCGAAACACCUCUACACUUGAAAUAGGCAUCGAUAAGAGCACUCGUCAAGAAGAUAUCCAACGGUAUGCUAUGUCUCAUGAUAUAACAAUGAAUCUGCCUACAAUACUCAAGAUUUUCAAACUUGGAAACCGAUGGAAGCAAACUAGAAAACGUGAUGGCAUCAGGUAAGACACCUGAAGAUAUCAUCUCGCAGAAAAAAACUAAGCUUUCUUCCAUUAGUCCACUCUGAACAUAUCCAGAUAUCAUGCAGUUCCAUGUCACCGUGUCAGCACGAGACAUCAUCCGAAACAACUUAGACGCAUCAUCGAAAAGACCACAUUUUGAGUACAUAGAUAGAAGUGAGUUUCUGAUAGAACCUUCGAAAUCCAACCCAGAAACAACCGCUUGGCCGUGAAGCUGAACUCCGAGAUCAAUCAGUGACUUGGAGCCACACACCGAUAAAACGCAAUCGAACGUGACAGCAUUGGGACUAAUCUGAUCCAUCCUCAUUGCACUAAACCAUUUCAUAACACUAUCAGAAUCUCCACAUUUUGCAUACCCAUUAAGCAUCACAUUCCAUAUAACACAAUCUCUCUGACGAACUUUAUCAAAAAACUUUCUCGCGACAUCGAUCUUGCCGUACUCAAGGUAAGCUUUGAUUAGAGAACUCGCCACGAACUCGUUACAAUCCAUCCCAAGAGAAGAAACCGUAUGGCGAAGGAACUCAAUCCCUUUGAAAUUCUUCAAAGCAACACAAGCCUUGAUCAAACAAGGGAAAGUGGAUACAUCAGGACGAAAUCCAUAACACAGCAUCUUGAAGUAAAAAGACAAAGCUUGAUUCAAUAAACCCACUCGAACGAAACUGGUGAUGAUCGAAUUCCACGGCCUGGUGCUGCUACGACGGAAAUCAAGCCUGUAAAACAUUUUGCCACAAUCCGAAAAGCUACCACACAUUGCAUACAUCCCCAAGACCCUCUCAUCGAUAUAGCUCUCACCGGAGAUUCUGUUUACGAUUAGAAAGGCGUGAACUUGCUUCCCUUGACGAAGCAGCGUUGGGCCUGAGCAGGACUGUAAAAGUAAUGUGAGUCGACGAGGGAGAGAUUCUCCGAGAAAUCGAGACGGAGGUCCCAUUGAAAUGGACUUGUACGGAACGAUUGCCGGCGCGAACCGUUUAGCGACUGAUGAGAUAUUCAUAGCCGGAGAAACUACUACAUAGAAUCUCAAUCACUGUUGAAAGCAGAGACAAGAAGAUAGAAAUCAUAGAAUAAAAAGAAGUAAGCAAUCAAGGAAUAGUUGUACUCGCCAUCGGGAACUCACUGAGUCAGCGAGUAGCCGCCGACGACGACGGAGAAGUAGCCGGGGAAAGAAUUAGGGCGGACGAAGAACUACUACAAAUCCAUAUGAAAACGAAAAUUUAGAUGUGGGCCUCCUGAAUCCGUGCAUUAUUCAGGCCCAAUGACACUACUAACUGUAUAAAUCUG